AUGGUGAGUGGCGUGGCGGUGUUGAGUCCUACGGAGAGCGGUGGAUGCAGCGGUAGCGACAUCACUGAGCCGCGCUCGCCGCGCAGCCCCGAGUCGUCGUGCAGCGCCACUGAAGAGAGCGCGGGCGCGCGCAUGCCGCCGUGGGCGUGUGAUCCGGCGCCGCCGGCCCCGCGACGCCUCGCGGUUCAACCCGCGCCCGUACGGCGCUCGCAGCCGCCUGUACAUCGCCGCAUCACUGAGUACUUCAACCACAAAAUGAAGCCUCAGAACGGCCUCAAGCGCGAUAGCGUGGCUAACGAUGACACCAAGAAAAAGUGCCUACCUAAAAAUGGGGUCACGCAUGACCUAGAGAAAUAUAUUUCUUAUUUGUCACAGACGCUUAGUCCUAAAGUAUUAAUGGAUGUCGGAAAGCAAAACGAUGCUUCUGUUCGAAAGCCAACCAACAACACCAUUAACGGCGCGGUGGACGCUUCAAAAAUGGCAGAUCUCAGUAAAACGACGCCGAACGGUACCUUCAAUGGUAUGAGUGACUUAAGUAGAUCUAACGAGAUGAAAGAAAAGAGCCAUAUGAACAUGAAUGGUUUUUUGGAAAUCCGGCACGGGGCCGAGACUUUCCCAAAAGGCAAAGGAGGAGGACUAUUGAAAGAGUUGAUAGAUGGUAAGAGACCAGGCCUUGAAAUAAAAACUACAUCUGACCCAUCCGCCAAUGGAGUACUAGCUAAUAAACAUAUGACUGACGUGAGUAGACGUAAAGUUCCCAUACCUGCUUCUAGUGAACUGACCAGUAUGAGGAUUGCGCCAACUCCAACAAAUCAGUUACAUAAAAAAGUAAAUAAACAAACAGAUAAGUCCAAAAUGAAUGGCGUAGUAAGUUCCACUACUAAAUUAGAUAGCAGAAUGAAUGGAGUGACAUUAGGAUCUAAUAAUUUAAAUCUAACCCCAAUAACAAAACCAGCAAAAAAGGAGUCUCCAAGAAAGUCAAUAAGUGCCGCAAAAAGAACCAAUCGAAAGUCGUCCGCAUGCAUUGCGAAUAGUAAAAACCUUACUUGGUCAAAAGCUAAUAAUCUUAAACAGCAGGUACAGCUUCAAAAGCAAAAUUGUGCAAAUAUGACUCCAAACUCACCCAGUAAAUUAAUGCCUGGUGAGGCGAGUUCCGCACCAAAGAUGAAUAUUCCAAAUGGUGUUCAUCCAACUUCCAUGAUUAAUGGAACCUUUACUAAUCUCAAUACCCCUGUUACGAAUAAUUAUCAAAAUUGCCAUCCGAUCAAUAUACCACAACCUUGCAAUGGAACCGUAAAUCCAAACAAUUUAGCUUCCUUCGUUGCUGUGCCACAAAACAUGAUGCUGACAACUUUAAGGAUACCUCAAAACGGUUUGGCGCCGCAAACACUGGGGCAACAGAAUAAUAUGGCAGCUUUUAACCAACCCAAUGUUUCCAGUCCCACGAAACUAAACAGCCAGUUCGUAUUUCCACUCAUGCAGAACAUAAACGGAACGGUAGUUCAAAUACCCAAUCUAAUGACAAAGAUGCCUAACUUUGUUCUUCCUCAAACUCCACAGUUGACGACACAAAGACAAGAUCAUUUACAAAGUCAACAAGCGGCAUCUUUUCUUAUAAAAGGUACUCUUUUGAAGCUCGCUAACACAAUGACGCCAACAUAUCCGAACGUAAACAAAAGUGAGCCAGUAACAAGCCAACCUAUUUCUGUGAUGAAUAAAAAUGUGACAGGAAUGCAAACUGUCGGCAUGACAGUUCAAUCGAAACAGAAUUACACGGUGAAUUUCAGUCACCCUAUGCUUAUGCCGCAACCCGGUUAUAUUGUCACAUCUGUGCCAAAUAUAAACGUGAAGGAAACUUGGAGUUAUACAAAUACGAAUACGGUAUCGUCCUCUCAAACAACGACGUACUCAAGUCAAUUAGUUCACCAUCCACCACCCAUCGUGCCCAACUACACCACGCCACAGGCGUUGCACACAAGUAGUAUUCCUAUAGCGCCUGUCAAACCACCGGACAAUCCUAUUCAGGGCACGGAUCCCCCCAGUAGUACAGUAAAGGAACACGAGCUUAUAGAAAUGUCGUCGCCUAAAUGUGAUGUACCGUGGCUUUCCAAAACCGUUAAUAAUAACAUAUUCCCAUUGCAACCAAAUAAAAAAAAUUCAAGGCCUUUCGCACAAAUUAGUAGUAUAUCGGAGAAGCUAGAAGAGCUUGCAGCCAAGAAGGCGAAGUAUGACGAUACAUUUGAGUUAAAGGAUGACAAGGUUGAGGUUACGAGGACAGACACGAAUGCGGAACUUCGAAAGAUUGAGGAGGUCGCCAGGCGGGAAGAGACGAUCUUCACACAAAUCACCGUUCUCAAGGACGUUUCGUCUGACGUCCACAAUACUGUGAUAGAAGCUAAUUUCUGCAAUACUACAACGGAGUCCGAAUCAGGAAUAGGGACGGACAAGUCUAUAGACUCUCCUAGUGAUUCUCAAACUAGUAAAGAAUGUGAUGAAGAUUCUUCAUUAUCUUUGAGUAUAAGUGUGAGUUCUGUUGAGGUUCAAAGUCAGAAGAGUCCGAUCCUGAAGCAACCGAAGACGCUGCGCUUUCCUCCGAGGAGUUUGACAAAGCCAAGCAGUGACAGCAGGACGUCGAGUAGUGACACGACGACCACCGUCACUGUUUGUCUGUGGGAGAACUGCAAACGGGAGUUUGACGGAGAUCCAGAUCUAUUAGAUCAUUUACAGAGCGCGCAUGUUGAAACGCAAGUCGGCAAAGAGCACUACGUGUGUCUAUGGGAGCAGUGUAAAGUGCGAGGCAAACCAUCGUGUUCUCGGCUAUGGCUGGAGCGUCACACACUGUCGCACGGCGGGAACAAGCCCUUCAAGUGCAUCGUCGACGGCUGCGAGAGGCGCUUCUCCACACAGACGUUAUUGGAGCGACAUGUAAACAACCACUUCAAUGAAGCGACCUCUGGCGCCGGAUCAGGGAAGAAGUCAGCUGAGGGAUCCGUCAAACUUAUACGCAGAAAUGGCAAGAAGUUGCGGUAUAGAAGACAGCCGUGGUCUGCGCGCAUGUUCGAUUUCUUCGACUCGGGCAUGAUGGAGGGCCUAGCAUGGAGAUUGGUGCGGUCGACGCGUUGGAGACUAGGCGGUGCAUGUCCACUGCGGGAACCACCUGGGCGACACACGCUGACCCUGAGAGCAGCGCUCACUGCCACCCGGUAUAAUGCCGCCGCCGACCGACGAGAGGCUCUGGUCACUUAUUACCCGCCUAAUGUGCUGGACGACGAGUGGGUGCCCGAGAAGGACGUCAGCAGCAUCAAACGUGUGGAGAUCGCCGAGCUGUCCGCCAGUGUGAAGGUGGCGCUGUACGAGCACUUCUGUGCGUCGUACCGCGCCGCCAGCCCCGCGCCGCCGCCCCCGCCUGCGCCGCGCCGCACCACGCCGCGUCGUUGCGGCGCCGCGCGCGCGCUGUCCGACCUGUUGUCGCCGCGCCGCGCCGCGCCGUGCCGCACGGAGCCGCCGCAGUGCCGUGAGCCCGAGCGGCCGGCGCGCCCGGCCGGCGCCGCCAAGCGCAAGAUGGGCCGCCGCUACGGGGGGAACUCCUUCUGGCCGGCCGGACGAUAG